UCAGUGAAAACGGAAACACAGUAACGUGUGAGCACGUGAAUCUCCUGGGAGUGUUUAAAUAACACGCAGCCACGGUCCGGGUUACGCACUCGCCUUCAAGUUUGUUUUGGGUCUUUAUUUUUUCCACGCUGAGCUUCGAGCCGCAGACGCGAUGCUGGAUACGUUUGGGGCGCCGAGCGCGGAGCCGCAGCUCAAAGCGGCGGGCGGGAAGGUGAGCCUGAAGCCGGCGGUGAUGGGGACGGACAGCGGGAAGAAGCUGCUGGAGGUAACGGGACCCGCUCUGUCCAAAAGGAGGUUCCUGGUGGGACUGGACCUGCUGUGCCUCUGCCUGGCAUCGAUUCCUUUCUUCGCCUGCGAGCUGAAGGUAGUGACACCCUUCAAGAGGGGCUUCACAUGUGGAGACCCCAGCAUCACCUACCCUUAUCUGGCCAACGAAGCCAUUUCAAAUAAGCUGCUUAUCGCAGGUGGAAUCAUCAUCACAGGCCUCGCAAUUGCGCUCGGGGAGUGCUACCGGGCGCGCUUCCACGGCGUCAGCUCCAGGUCAUUCGUGAGGAACCUGUACGUCUCCUGCCUGUACAAGGAGCUGGGCUCCUUCCUGUUCGGCUGCUGCGUUUGCCAGUCGCUCACCAACAUGGCCAAGCUCAGCGUCGGGCGGCUGCGGCCUCACUUCCUGGACGUGUGCGGCGUCACGUACGCGUCGCUCAACUGCACGCCGGGAACCUACGUGCCAAUAGUGAGCUGCACAAAUCCGGACCACCGGUUGGUGGAAGAGGCCAGGAAGUCCUUCUUCUCUGGCCACGCCUCUUUUGCCAUGUACUCUUUGCUGUAUUUAGCGUUCUACCUGCAGGCGCGGCUGACGUGGCGCGGCGCUCGGCUGCUGAGGCCCCUGCUGCAGUUCUCCCUGGUCCUCCUGGCCGUUUACACGGGUCUGACCCGCAUCUCGGACUACAGGCACCACCCGUCGGACGUGCUGACAGGAUUCGUGCAGGGGGCUCUCACUGCGUACUGGGUGGCUGUCUACAUCUCGCCGAUGUUCAAAGGCCGCACGUCAGACCCGUCCUCAGCCGAGACGCCGGGCGGCCCCUCGUCUCCUCAGCAUACCGUCUGCUGAAAACCCCACCAGAAGCCAGAGGAACGCCUGGCAGUUUUCUCUGAAAUCACAAGACAUACCUCGACGUUUUGACAGGGGGGGCAGAAAAAGACUUUUGGAGACAAUCUCUGCAGCUGAUAAAGGAGAGAGAGAAAAGAAAUCGAAGUGAUUGAGAGGAAAGGACAGAAGGAGACGCAAGGAGACUGAAAACGACGUCUGUUAUGUAAACAGGCUGAGCCCUCGACCUUUUGGCCUUGUGACUGACCUGUGAGGUGAGACUGAAAACAGGAGCCACCAUGACUACAUGUAUAAAUAUUUUUAAGGCACAAAGCAUAACAUCAAGGCACAUUUCAUUUCAAUGUUAGUGUUAUUACCACUUUGCAAUGACUAGAAUGUAAUAUAUUUUUUUAUAUACACAGAUUGUAUUAUUUAACAGUUGUUACGUAAUUUUGUACGCUGCUGAAUGUAAGCGCUCGUUUCUUCUUCAUGUGUUUUGCCAGA